CCUUCGGAGGAUGCGGUCUACAAAGACGUGUCCUUCGAAGGCUGCUUAGAUCCGCGAAGGCUGAACCGAAACGAGACGGUCUGCUCUACGUCAGAUUUUCUCUUUGCCUCACAGCACCGAUGUUGCCGCCCUUACCGUUGCGCCAGGAAACGCCGCUCCUGUCAAGUUAUUUUAAAGUUCUUUAAAGAUGGAGCCAAAAACUUUUAUUUUAAUUGUUUAUUUUUUCAUUUAUUAGAGCUGGAGAUGCAACGGCGGCUACUGAUGAGGUUUUUUACAUUUGUAUCGUUAGCUGUUCGCCUCAGUUUAAACCCAAUACUUAUAUGUAUAUAUUUAUUUAUGUAUUAUAUUUAAAAGUGUGCUCUUCAGCCGCCCUUCGCAUGUCUGUUGAUGCCGCCAUGUUCUCGAAUCCUCGCCGGCACGCAAUGAACCUCGGGAUAUGUUGCCAUGGAAAAGAAGCACACAUUUUUUGGCUGCAUUUAAAGGAGACUUCGAAAUGGGACAGUCUAGUCGCGCCGCUGUGACGCAAUCGGCCUUCAAAUGCAUUCUCCGAAGGACGCAGCCCCUGAAAUGAGACACGGUGCCCACAUGAAAUGAACCGCACUGUACUCGAAUCUCAACGAUCAGCGAUGUCGGACAUGCUUCUAGUCGAUGGAGCUAUGAACUUUCCUCAUUGAGUGCGAGACUGUCAAGUCGUCCGUCCAUGCGAAAUUUAUCAUUGUUGUUACUCCCUUGUGUCAUCGCGGCCGUGGUGCAUUUGUGGUGGGUGACGGACAAAACAGCUUUCUUCUCGGAUUUGAAGAGUGCAGGCAGCCAUAACCCAGUGCAUGAAGUUCUGGUGGGAGUGCUGUCUGCCAGGCAUCACCAUGAUCUGCGUGAAGCCAUAAGGGACACAUGGCUGGGGUAUCUCAGGGACCACCCUAAGUUCCAGAAUCGGUCUGGUUUUAUUUUGGCUCAAAGGGUGCUGGUGAAAUUUAUCAUUGGCCAGCAUGGCUGUGCAAUACCUGAAGAAGAUCGUGAGGACCCGUAUUCCUGUACCCCGCUAAACCUUACAGAGCCAGUUGCCAGACAGGACAUGGCCAUCCUAAGCGUGCCUGAUGCCUCUGUUUUGGUGCUGUCUGAUGUCUCAGCCAUUAGUUUGGACUUUAAGGUCCUUCACUCUGUGGUCAUCACACAGUUGGGUGUCUUCUCUGGUGGAGCACAGCAGCAUUUCAGGGGCAAUGUCACAGUGAAGUUAUUCCAAGUGGACCAGGAGGAAGCUGUUGUGACUGCUUCUUUCACUGCACUGAGCCCAGGGACCUAUGUGGAGGGGAUCUGGUAUAAAGCUGUAGAGCAGUUCAUUUUGCCUAAGGGUUUUGAGGGAACGCUACUAUGGGAGAGCCAGGAUUUGACAGCCUUGAUGACUCUCAAUGUGUCUAAGAUCCAGCUCAAUAAUGGUGGAGGUGUGCUCAAGUUAGGAUGUAUAGAGGAGGGCACCUUGCCUCACAGGAGUGCGGUGGGUUUUCCUGGGCUGGCUGGAGGGUUCACUUUCUCAGUUUAUAAUGUGGAGGUUCUAAAGGAAAUGCUUCGUAGGCAAGCUGGCAGGCAGCAGGCCCAUGUUGCCAGGUUGAGAGAAGAGGACAAGGCCUUACAGGAGGAGAGCCAUAGGUAUGGAGACAUGGUGUUUGUGGACAUAGUGGACACUUACAGGACUGUGCCUUCCAAACUGCUGCAGUUUUAUAAAUGGGCCAUAAGGAACACUGACUUCAAUCUGCUCCUGAAGACAGAUGAUGAUUGCUAUAUUAAUGUGGAUGCCGUAUUAAUGAAGAUUGACCGCAAGAGCCUGACACGGAGCAGCCUCUGGUGGGGAAACUUCAGGCAGAACUGGGCUGUAGACCGCCUAGGGAAGUGGCAGGAGCUGGAGUAUGCUAGCCCUGUGUAUCCAGCCUUUGCCUGUGGCUCUGGAUAUGUGGUGUCCAGGGACUUGGUUGUGUGGCUGGCCAGCAAUGCAGAAAAGCUGAAAGCUUACCAGGGUGAGGAUGUGAGCAUGGGAAUAUGGAUGGCUGCAGUGGGGCCUAAUAAAUAUCAGAAGGGGGCCAUAGUUGAUCUCCGCCAGUGUGGAUAUAUUCUUCGUCACAUAUUAUUCCGCUUGGGGGAGGUUUCCAAAGCACUGAUGUUACAAAGCGUUUUUCUGCACAUUGCUUGCAAUUACAAAUUUCCACCAGAGAGGUCUCUGAAUCCCCAAACCUUAUUUAGUGUAGCUUUAAGGACGCAGGCUGGUUGUGUGAGAAGGAAUGCUAUGUGGACAUGCUGUCGUCACCUCAGCAUACAGUAGAGGAGCUGCAUUCUCUUUGGGACCAAAAAAGAGCUUGUGGGGACCCAUGUGGUUGUGCUUGGAGCCAGCACUGAAACCUUUAAGAGCCCCUGAGAUCUACAUCCAUCACCUCAUUAGGGUCGUGUCCAUCUCACUGACAAACACAAUUUUUUUAGUACUGUAAAAACUUCAGUCAGAAUGUUUAGGUUCUUAAUUGAGUUUUUUAAACACUUGUUGGUGUCUUUGAUUUGAGUGCUUGUUUUGAUGCAGCACUGAAUCAGAUGCUGUUAGAAAGUGACGUGACAUGCAAAAGAGAAACAUUUUGCUCCAAGGGCACUUUUUGGUGUAAAAUGCACACAGGGUGUUGUUGAUUCAUCCUUUGAAAGCUAAGCUCUCUAGCUCUCUCAGCAAACACAUGCUUUCUAGAUGUACCACCAAAUGUCUAGCUCUCUGUGAAAACAAGGGUUUGUGCCAUUAUGGAGCACAAUAAAAGAUUGGACGAAAAGUUAA